AUGGAGAUGGAGGAAACUGUAUCUCGCGUAGUGUCUGAGCUUGAGGAUCACCGUGGAAACCCGCAACCACCACCUCUCUCCGAACAAACUCUAUCAGAUCUUCAACUUCUGCUCAACCACUCUCUCUUAGACACUCUCUACGAUGAGCUUUCUUCUAAGUCCCUCUCUCCCUCCACUCUUAUCCCUCCCAUUGCUUCCGCAAUGGACUCUUCCCCUUCCCACCACUCUCUCCUCGCUUCCAACGUCUUUCUCUCCCUCCUCCUCUCACCAAACGCACCCGUUUUCACCCUCUUCACUCCCAUCUCCUUCCUCUCCUUUCUCCGCUCCCUUCGCCGCUCCUUCAAAACCCGCCCCCAACAAAGCCCAACCCAAGGCCCGGCCCACGACGCCUCCCAUAACCGGAAAAGAAAGCGCACUGGGAGAGCCCGCGGUCCCGCCAAAAAUUCCCAAAACGACGACCAUUUUGGAGACACUGAAAGCGACGUCAGGGUUUUGCUUCGCGUGUUGGAGAAGCUUGUGCUUGUCAUGGGUUUGAUUCACCUGGAUCGUUUCCCCGAGAUUCUCAAGUCUCUGGUUCAAACCGUGGUUGAGCUCCCCGUAAUGGCGCUUGAAUCGUGCGCCAACGCCGCGCAUUUUAGCAAGUUGCUUAACCUGUGCUCGCGGGUUCUGAGGGAGGUUCUAAAAUCAGAGCACGGAGAACCUUCUAAUACUGCUUCUGAGGUGUUGAAGUCGUUGUCUUCCCUCGUUCUGAUGCCUAAGUCGCAAGCAAGGACCUUCGCUCUUGGAUUUGUGACGAGCCUUGGUGGAGACUGUGAUGGUGUGAAGAAAGCGCUGGUUAAUUUUCCGAGGUAUUUGGCGAAGAAGGCGCCGGAGAAGUCCGAGCCUAGAGCCUUGGCUGUGGAUUCCAUCAUGGAGGUUGUGAAGGUCAUGGCGUUGGAGGAUCAAGUUGCGUUUGUUAAAUACGUGGUGAAGAUGGCGCAAGGGAAAUCGAACCUUAGGCUUUUGGCAGUUGAUCUUGUUUUGAAUCUGGUGAUGAGCUUGAAAGAUCCGUUGGGCGUGGAUUCGGAGAGUGAGGGGAAUGAGCAGUGGGGAAUUUGGUGCUUGGAGGCUUUGGUGAAGCGUUGUUCUGAUGUGAGUGCAGCUAUUCGAGCCCGGGCAUUGUCGAACUUGGCGCAGCUGGUGGGAUUCCUCUCCAAGGAUGGUAGGACUAGUGUGGUUUUGAAAGAGUUUAUGGGGUUUGGAAGGGUUAGUGAAGGAGAUGUUGAAGGUAGAAUGAAUGAUAUGCUGAGGAGAAGGUGUAUGGAUGAUAAAGCAGCGGUGAGGAAGGCUGCAUUUCUUCUGGUUACUAACUUAACUGCUCUUCUUGGUGGUGCAAUUGAUGAAGUGGUUCUCAAGACAAUGGGCAUGGCUUGUUCGGAUCCGCUUAUUAGCAUGCGGAAAGCAGCAGUUGCAGCUCUUUCCCAGGCUUUCAGAACAUUCUCUGCUGAAACAGUAAUAACUGAGUGGUUACAUUCAGUUCCACGUCUAAUAACUGACAAUGAAUCUAGCAUCCAAGAAGAAUGUGAGAACACGUUUCAAGAACUUGUUUUGGACCGGAUAGCUAGAGCUGCAUCUGCCACUUCUUCGUUUGGUGAAUCUACGUCUAAUAUAAAGAUGAAAGGAAAAGGUAUAGACAAAGAGAUGGAGAUGCUUUUUCCCAACGGAAUUCUGUACCUACUGAGCAAGAUUUGCAAUGGAGAAGUGAGCCCUUGGGUGAUGAAAAUUUGCAUGAAUCUGGGCAAAAAGAAACGCAUCAAUCACAAAAUUGUUACUGCACUUCAAAAUAUAAUCAGGGCAUCCGAGUCCAUCUGGCUGAGCCAUGCCAUGCCAAUAGAAAAGUGGACUGCCCCACCUGGUGCUUGGUUUCUUUUGUCAGAAGUGUCAGCAUUCCUUUCAAAAACAGUGGACUGGGAGUUUCUUCAUCAUCAUUGGCAGCUUCUUGACAAACAUGAAGUGGAAGGGGAGUUCAAAAGUCCAUCUGUACAACGAAAUGAAUUUGAAGAGGAAGAAAGCAUAGGAUGCAAUGCCGUUGCCUGGGCUAAUGACCGAGUUUUCCUCUUACAAACAAUUUCUAAUGUUUCUGUGGAGCUACCCCCUGAACCCGCAGCUGAUUUAGCUCAUAGCUUGCUCAAACGGGUAGAAGAAUUCAAUAUGCAUUCAACUGAGGUUGAUGCUCAUUUAAAAGCUCUUAAAACAUUGUGCAAAAGGAAGGCUUCAAAUCUCAAGGAGGCAGAAGCAUUAGUCUUGAAAUGGAUCCACCAAGUUCUCUCCAAAGCUUCUAAAAUAAUAGAAAAAUUCAUUUCAGCAAAUUCAGUACAAAAUAUUGAAAGUAGCUUUUUCACUCCACCUAGAAGUGGGAUUAGCAAAUGCAGGAACUCAGUAGCAAUGUCCAAAUCAUUGUCAAAAGCAGUUACAGCAAUUUAUACAAUUGGGUCUUUAGUUAUUGUUUGCCCAUCUGCUGAUAUGAGCACUGUAGUUCCUCUAUUGCACACUAUCAUCACUUCCGGGAGUUCUGGUCCCAAAUUAAAUAAACUACCUGGUCCUGCAACCUCUCUACAACAAGAAGCUCCUUCUUUUUAUAUUCAAGGGUGGCUAGCCAUGGGCAAGCUUUGCCUUGCUGAUGGGAAGCUGGCAAAGAAUUAUAUUCCUCUGUUUGUCCAGGAGCUUGAAAAGAGCGAAUAUGCAGCUCUUCGCAACAACAUUGUGGUUAUGAUGGCAGAUUUUUGUGUUCCAUACACUGCUCUUGUUGAUUGUUACAUGACAAAGAUUACGAGAUGUCUCUUAGAUCCGUGUGAACUUGUGAGAAGGCAAACAUUCAUAUUGCUCUCCAGAUUGUUGCAGAGGGACUAUGUGAAAUGGAGAGGAGUGCUCUUUCUUCGGUUUCUGUUGUCACUUGUUGAUGAAUCAGAAAAGAUUAGGCAGUUAGCUGAUUUUCUCUUUGGAAAUAUUUUGAAAGUAAAGUCUCCUCUUUUAGCAUAUAAUAGUUUUGUUGAGGCUGUUUUUGUUCUGAAUGGUUGUCAUGCCCAUAAUGGACAUCGUGAAUCCCAUGGUUCACAAAUGGAAAACCAACCCUUUUCCAUCAGGGGUGGUGAUGAAAAGUCAAGGUCUAAAAGAAUGCACAUUUAUGUUUCUUUACUAAAACAAAUGGCUCCUGAGCAUCUUCUAGCAAUCUUUGCCAAGUUAUGUGCAGAAAUUCUAGCUGCUGCUUCUGAUGGUAUGCUUAAUAUAGAAGAUGCAACUGGACAGUCUGUUCUCCAGGAUGCAUUUCAAAUUCUUGGCUGUAAAGAGAUACGUGCCCCAUCUGCUCGUUCAUCAUCAUCUGAGUCAGCAGACAGAGAGGAAGAAGGGGGAGAAAAUGGAUCUGCAGCUAGAGGAAAGGCUAUAACCCAGGCAGUUAAGAAAGGCCUUAUCCAAAAUACAGUCCCCAUCUUCAUAGAGUUGAAACGACUAUUGGAAACCAAGAAUAGUCCCCUCAUAGGUUCUCUCAUGGAGUGCCUCCGCAUCCUUCUCAAGGAUUACAAGAAUGAGAUUGAUGACAUAUUGGUUGCUGAUAAGCAGCUACAGAAAGAGCUUAUUUAUGAUAUUCAUAAAUAUGAAGCAGCAAAAGCUAAAGCAGCAGUUGCUGAGGCUGUAGGCACCAAGGCAAAAUCAGAUGCAAAUCAAUCACUUGAUGCUUCUAAUAAUUUGACCAAGACACAAGGACAAAUGGUAGGACAAGGUGACAAUAACGAGUUUCCAAGCGACUCAAGAUUCGCUUCAGCAUUGGCAGAUGCAGCAGCUGCAGCAACAGCUCGUUCUGUGCUCAGGGAAAUAAACAAGGGGACUGGGACACCUUUGCUUAGUUCUUUGAGUGUUCCUAAGGUCAAGUCUCGUAAUGUUGUGUCCAAUUCCAGAGAUGUUAAGUGCAUGGAUGUCAUACAAUCUUUAAGGAAAAGACAGUCUUUUGAUUCUGAUGAAGAAAAUUAA